AUGACUAGUGGUGGUAUCACAAUCGAUGGAACAGGAGGGUUGGGUAUUGCGCCGCAAAAGAAUGUCUUAUGGGACGAGUUGACCGUCGAAGAGCACAUCCGGAUCUUCAACAAGCUGAAGUCCCCUAACAAUACUGCAUCUUCACGGGAGAUCCACGACUUGAUAGUAGCGGUAGACCUUACUCCAAAAGCUAAAGCUAUGUCUAAGACUCUAUCAGGCGGUCAGAAACGAAAGCUACAACUUGGAAUGAUGUUAACUGGUGGGAGCGCCGUCUGCUGUGUUGACGAGGUUUCGUCCGGAAUUGACCCCCUUUCCCGGCGCAAAAUUUGGGACAUCCUUUUGGCCGAGCGUGGAAAGCGAACCAUCAUUCUCACCACUCAUUUCCUCGACGAAGCUGAUCUGCUUGCCGAUCAUAUUGCUAUCCUCUCUAAGGGUACACUGCGUGCCCAAGGAUCUUCUGUCGAACUCAAAGAGAGAUUAGGUGCCGGAUAUCGGGUACACGUAUUUAAUGCCAGAGAGAUCAAGAAUCCGCCAGAAAUCAAAAACGUGACCCGCAAGAUAGGUUUCGACGUGAUUAGCUAUAUUGCGCCAACAUCUAGUCUUGCUGCAGAGGUCAUACGCUCUCUUGAGUCCGCCGAAAUCUACGACUACAAAUUUUCCAAUCCCACCAUUGAAGAUGUGUUUCUACAGGUAGCUGAAGAAGUCAGGGGCGAGCAUGCCAUACGACAAGCAGAGAGCUCAUCCUCUGCUGAAGUUGCUAGCGACACGCAAGUGGGCACUGAGGACAGUAUUGGAAGUGAGCUUGAGAAGGACAGCGGGUCGGGAAGUAGCCUACUUAGCCGCUUCACGCAAAAGACACCGCCAUCCUCUAAUGACCCUGCUGCUUCGGAUGAAGAAAUCGCUAAUGAACUAGUCCGCGUAACUAGCACGCCCCAGGAGAGCGACGGUCUCCGGGUGUUACACUUGACAAAGACGUUCGGCAAAAAUACAGCUGUUGAAAAUGUUACAUUCGGCGUUCAGCACAGCGAGGUCUUUGCGCUAUUGGGGCCCAAUGGAGCUGGAAAGUCUACGACUAUCUCGUUGAUCCGCGGUGACAUCCAGCCUAGCUACAAUGGAGGUGAUGUUCUCGUCGAGAAUACGUCUGUGAGCCGUCGUCGUGCUGAAGCUCGAUCUCACUUGGGCGUGUGCCCUCAAUUUGAUGCUAUCGAUUCGAUGACGGUCCUCGAGCAUCUACGCUUCUACGCGCGGAUCAGGGGCAUUCCUGAUAUCGACCACAACGUCCGGGCUGUUCUUCGCGCUGUGGGUCUCGAGGCCUUUUCGACUCGUAUGGCGCAUGCGCUUUCCGGCGGAAAUAAGAGAAAGCUAUCCCUCGGUAUCGCUUUGAUGGGCAAUCCCAGUGUUGUUCUUCUCGAUGAGCCCUCUUCUGGUCUCGAUGCUGCAGCUAAGCGAAUCAUGUGGCGAACGCUGCACUCCAUCGUGCCUGGCCGAUCUAUUCUUCUCACCACCCACAGCAUGGAGGAAGCUGAUGCGCUCGCAAACCGCGCUGGUAUACUGGCAAAACGUAUGCUAGCUAUGGGAACCACAGAAAACCUUCGCCAGCGCUUCGGUGACACCUUGCACGUGCAUCUUGUCAGCAAGUCGGCGCCGCACUCGACGCCCGAGGAGAUGGAGCGGGUGAGACAAUGGGUCGCGGACAAAUGGCCGGGCGCAGAGAUAGAGAGCAGAAGACGUAUCACGGACAAAUGCGAUUCUCUAUACCAGCAAGCGCCGUAG